CGUUCGUCUUCUUUCACCUCGAGAAUGUCGCCAGCGCGAGUGCCAAAUCCUUCUCGGUGGUUGCGAGCGCGAAGAGUUCUCUCUUUAUUCCUCUUCUCCUUCUGGCUUCUCAAGCGAUGAGCCCUAGCAGUUCAUCCCUCGCGGGUUGCUGCUCGAUCCGCCAGCUGCAGCGUAGCGAGUGGGAAAGAUAGUGGCUGGGGUGGAAAUAUUUCCUGACACCAUAGCCGCGAGGGUUUUUAAUUGUGUGCUAUCUUGAAGUAUUUUGAUAGCGAGUGAGAGACGAUGGCAAUGGCGAUGGCGCCGCCGCACAAGAGGGAUUCCAAGCUCCAUCUCUAUGUGGAUUUCAUGUCGCAGCCGUCACGAGCGAUUCUCAUCUUCUGCCAGAUCAAUAACAUCGACGCCGAGAUUCACGUUGUCAACGUAGCUAAAGGCCAGCAAAGGACUCCCGAGUUUAAAGCUAUCAAUCCGAUGGGCCAGGUGCCUGCUAUUGUCGACCAUGGAUUUAAACUGUUUGAAAGCCAUGCUAUCCUCAGAUACCUUGCAGCUACUUAUCCUAAAGUCCCCGACCACUGGUAUCCCUCGGAUUUAUCUCGACGAGCUCGUAUUGACAGCAUCCUCGAUUGGCAUCAUGCGAACUUACGACGCGGCGCAGCUGGUUUGGUGAUGGCUUUGGUUCUCGCACCAGUUCUUGGACUGUCAAAAGAUCCAAGGCUGGCCAGUGACUCCGAGAAACUGCUAAGAUCUUCCCUGUCGAAGAUAGAAGACGUGUGGCUGCAAGGUGGCACCAAGUUUCUCGGUGGCUCCUUCAAACCAAGUAUUGCCGAUCUCAGCUUGUGCUGUGAAAUCACGCAGCUAGAGCUUCUCAGUGCAGCAAAACUCUCGGAUCUUCUUAGUCCGUUUCCAAAGCUAAGACAGUGGCUAAUCGACACGGAGGAAGCAACGUCGCCGCACUUCGGCGAAAUCCACAAGCUCCUGCGAAAGGCAGCGUCAAACUACGAGGCCCAGAGGCACGAGAAACUGGGAUUCAAGUCCAAGCUCUAAGGAAGAGCCCGUGGUUUUCAUUUUCAUCUCGUACACUCCUCACAUAACUUGUUACACCCGGCAUAUCAGAAUGGACCCGCCACAAAAUUUGUCAGCUAGGACUCUAUCAGCUGGCGUCCCAGAUUUACCCGUCAUCUCCAAGAAUAACAUCGGAGUCUUUCUAAACUCGUCGACACGCGCUUUGUUUGAAGUCUUUCGGGUCUGGUGAAAAACUUGCAAGGCCAAAGUUUCACAUCGUCAGCAACAGUGCCUGGAACUUUCACUGGGUAAAAUCGAGAAAGUUAAAAUCGAGAAAGUUACCAGCUCCCGUUUGAAUACCAACUUACCAGAACCCACUCA